CAAAGUACCACUACGCAAGCUCCUCUAUUGGUUCUCGGUCUUGUCUAUCCAAACUCGGCUGAUCUGUUGUUUUGAAGGUUGAGUCAUCGUGGAUUUUCCCCUCCCGUUCUUGUACAGAAACGAUACAGUGGACUACUUUCACUGGUCAAGCUAGUGCGAGCUAAGUAUUCGGCUUGGUCACACAGCGUAGCCUGCUCAUUCAUUCCGGGAAAGGUGAGAACGGCCAGACAGUUCGUUUGGCGGUUUUCUUUGGAUCACUACUAGUUCUAUAACGUUACUGUUAAUUGAAUGGACGUACAUCAGUUUAUAGUGGGUGAGGAUAGAUUUUCUGCAACGUUUUCGUAACGUUAUCAUUUGACGCCAAAAAGUUAUCGCUCGCGAUACAAAGGUAUCCAACAUUAGCUAACGCUGCCGUUAGUUCGUUAGCAAGACAUCUGAAGAUUCACAUAAUAAUUUGACUUUCGGUUGCUAACAGCCUUUCGUCCUUUAUUUUGUGCAUAGCCGAUAUCGCUAACUUCAGCUCACGUUGACGUUAGUUUGGUAAGAAUAUAAUAAGUUAGUUGCAAGCAAGUUCGUCAUCCUAACAGCUUAGUAGGCGUAAUUUUAGCAUCAAAACAGUAACGUUAACGACAAAGCUAGCUGUACCACGUCGACUUGUUCUCCUCCAAAGUCAACCUAGGAUCAAAGUUUCCGGCGGAGACAUGUCUGCCCUCUCUGCCUCAGAACAGAAGGGUGAAGAAAAUGGAAAAGUGGAAUUUUAUCAAAACGCCAAUCAACUCAUGUUAUCGGGACACCGGGUGCCCCAUGAGCAACCCCAGACAGUGUUCGUGAUUCUCGACUCUGAUGCAGAGGCUAUGAACUUGAUCAGUUUGGAGCCUGUCCUUCCUGAAUCUGGCAUAGUCGCUGACAUAGAAGUCGAAGGCAUUAUUGCGUCUGCUUCGGACACCUUCUAUCAACUGAAGAGUCAGCCCAUUUCUCUCAGUGCCUCAGUGACCCCGGCCGACCCGGCGCCGUCUCUCAGCACCACCAUGACGUCGCGGGUGCUGAUGCGGCAGGAGCUGAUGCGGCAGCAGGCGCAGGACCAAGAGCGGCGUGAGGCCCAGCAGCAGGCCAACAGCGCCCAGCUCCGGUCCGCCAACGACACUACGCCCGCCAUCUCCAUGGCGACCAUGCUCCCCGCCGCCAGAGCCGCCCCGGCACAGGUGCCCGUGGAGGUGCUGAAGGUGCAGACUCACCUGGAGAACCCCACCAGGUACCACAUCCAGCAGGCCCAGCGUCAGCAGGUGAAGGAGUACCUGUCCCACACGCUGGGCAACAACGUGGCCAGUCAGCAGCUUGGCAACUCCCCCUCGGCUCUCUCUGGCUCUGCCCCGGAACUGGCCCCGGCAGCCAAUAGCACGCCCAGCAGCCCCAUGGCCGUGCUCAGUCUCAGCUCCAACAAAGAAGAGAUUGAAGACGUCAUUGAGGACAUCAUCAGCUUGGAGUCCAGUCUGAACGAUGACCCCUUCAUCACACUGAUUGAUUCCAACUUGCAGCUCGCCAACACGCUGCCAGUCUCGGGCAACCUCCUGGAUGUGUACAGCAGUGCUGGGAUGGCCACUCAGACCAUCACCGUCAGCAACUCCUGCCCUGCCAACCUGCACAACGUCAAGAGGGAGCUUACCGAUGCAGAGGCCAAAGCACUUAUGAAGGAAAGGCAGAAAAAGGACAACCACAACCUCAUUGAGCGCCGGAGACGGUUUAACAUCAAUGACCGCAUCAAGGAGCUGGGUGCGCUCAUCCCCAAGACAAGCGACCCCAUGGCGUACCUGUUGACGCCCACAUCCCUGGGGGACAGGGAUAUGCGCUGGAACAAGGGCACCAUCCUGAAGGCGUCGGUGGACUACAUCCGCAAGCUGCAGAAGGACCAGCAGCGUGCCAAGGAGAUGGAGAUGAGGCAGAAAAAGCUGGAGCACCACAACCGCAGCCUGCUGCUCCGCAUCCAGGAACUGGAGAUGCAGGCCCGUCUCCACGGCCUCGCCGCCUCCGCGGCCCAGAGCUCCGAGUUCUUGCUGACUCAGCAGCAGCAGACAGCGGCGACUCUGGAAGCGGCGGGGGCCGACUGCCUCUCCAAGAGCCUGCUCAGCCUGGGCGGGGGGUCAGCGCUGGGCCAGUCGGCCGCCUCCUCCUUCCUGUCGGAGGCCUCGGCGUCCAUCGCCUCCCCGGGAGCCCUGGGCAGCGCGCUGGAUCUGGGCACGCUCACCUUCGCCGAGCUCGGCGACGACUCGGCCGGCUCCAUCUUCAGCCCGGCGCUCAUGGCCGAGAUGGGCCUGGGGGACAUCCUGAUGGACGACGGCAGCAGCGGCAGCGCCAUCGGUGCCCUGUCGCCAGUAGGGGGCGCCGACCCACUCCUCUCGUCCGUCUCGCCGGGCGCCUCCAAGACCAGCAGCCGCAGGAGCAGCUUCAGCAUGGAUGAGGACUUGUGACGGACGACUGGGGCAUAGCAGUGAUGUUGAGUGAGACACAAACUCAGAAUCGUGAGGCUCUGGAAGCCAUCCUCCCUUUCCCUGGGGACGUCAUGGGAGACACCAUGCUCAGACGUCCACUGUCAUAUUGAGUUUUCGGGCCAACUGUAGCGUAGUGCUUUGGCAAUGUGGACCUUCUGGCAUCUUCUGAUAGUACUGUGUUUUAGCAGAGCUGUCCCCCUCCCUCUCCCCCUGGGUCCCUUCUUCUCCACACGGCUCCUUCUCUCCCUGCCCCGACGUAGGCCCUGGAGAUCGUCUAUCGGCCCUUCAGAGCCGCUCCAUAGCCACAAUGCCUAGCAUUUCUAGCGACGUGUGCACGAGGCGGUUUUGUUUUAGUGGGAACAGGUUCAAACCGUUCAUGAACAAUGCAAUGCAGAGGAUCUUUUUUUUUUUUUUAACCUUUUAGGUUUCUCAGUCAUUGACAAUAACUAUAUGUGAUGCAGAUUUGAUGUACAUAGACCACAGGAUUAGGGACAGGCCGUUUGAAAGCCCCUUUAAUCAUGCUCUUCUCAUGUCACUGUACAGCUUUCAAAAUAGGUCUGAGCUCCCUAUUCACUGUAUACACAAGCCAAUGAUUUGGAUACUUCUGUCUCCACUCUGUUUUAGAAAACAUGGAGACGGAGCAGAAUAUCUGAUACAAUAAUGGGUUCUGACAGAGUGUCAGGCAUUGCAUUUAUAUCAUCUACAACCUAGAGGGUUUUUUUUUUUUAAAUCAUCAUGAUGAAAAUAGAGCUGCUUUCUUUUGCUGAGAAAGCCACCCAACAUGAAAGGGAUCGAUCAGCAUUCGAGAUUUAUAGCACACAUACACACAGCAGUCUUCUCAAAACAAGCCUUUUUUAAGCCAUCCGUGAAUGAGGUAAAUGAUGGUCUGCUCUGGGUCAGAGGAAGAGGUAGGUGUAGAAUGCUCAGGAAAAAAAAGAACAGAAAAGAUGUUUUUCCCCAUUUUCUCCUUUUUUUUAGUCUGCUGGGAAUUUUUUGUGUGUGUCUGUCUUUCCUGUGGAUUUUGCUGGAGCCAAGAGGCGGUGAUGGCAAAGCAGAGAAGCCAGUUUCCUGUGUGUGUGUGUGUGUGUGUGUGUGG